AUGAAUGGACAAAAUUCAAAAGAGAUUUUCUUUGAUAAAUCAAUUUUAUUAAGUUUGAAAGCAGAAUUACUGAAGAAAAAAGAGGAGGCUCUAGAGAAGAAACAUUUGCCUCAGCAUAAUGUUCAGAAUUUCAAGCCUUCUGUUAGUGAAAAGAAAAACAAAUCUGAGGCUAAUAAAACCAGUUUAAAAGACAAGUUAAAAGUUAUUGACACUGAUGAAUUGGAAGCAUGCAGGAAGUCAAAAGCUGCCUUAGAGAAGAAAGCUGAAUUGUAUGAACAUUUAGCAGACAGUGUAGGAGAUUCAAAGCUUGCCGGUCAAUUCUUAGUAGAUUUUAAGGGUAAAAAACAAGAAAACAUACAACAUCCAAAACAAGAUGAAGCAGAGGAAAAAGAAGAUGUUUUUCAUGAAGAAAAUGAAAGCGAAUGGAUUGAGUUUACCGACUUCUUGGGAAGGACACGUAAAUGUCUUAAGUCUGAUUUGGAUUAUUACCAAAGACGUGAUCAGGAGUUAAAGAAAAUUGUCACCAAUGAAUCCAAUGAUGAUAAAUCUGAUACAACAGAGCAGAGUUCCAAAGAAGUAGAAAAGCCAUUAUUAGUUCAGAAAACAAAUGAUUAUCUCCAGUCAUUGAGAGAGAAAUGGGAGGAAAAGGAAAGAGAGUUGUUGGCUAAAGAAAAAGACAUCCAUUAUCAGGACUUACUAUUUGAUGAGGCAAGAAUCCACGGCGUCGGUUACUACUCCUUCAGUACAGAUGAGACGGAACGAAAGAAACAAAUGGAAGAAUUAAUAAAGACUAGGCAAGAAACAUUGAAGGCACAGGAACAAGCCGAGAAACUUAGGAAAGAGAGAGAUGAUAUGAUAGCAGCUAGAGUUGCGGCUGCUAGAGCGAGACAGAGAAUGAGGGCGGGGCUACCACCAGAAGAUCCUGAAGAAAAGAAAAAAGACUUUACCACAUGCCUCUUACAAUUCCUCACUCAACAAAAGGACGAAGCUGACAAAAAAGCGAAGGAAGAAGAGGAGAAAGCUAAGAAAGAAAGGGAGGAAGAAAGACAGAAGUUUCGUGAAGCUUACAUACGAGAAUGGGAUGUAGGGAAGGACGGGGUUCAGGGUAAUGUAAAGAAAUUCAGAGAAAUGUCCCAAGAAGAAUACGUGGAACAGCAGAGAUCUAAGAGGAUAAACGAAUUCGCACCGCCACAGACCUCUACAAGCGAAAAAUCAACGUAUACCUUCAGCAAGGAAGGCAGAAAAAUUGAUAGCGAUAAUAAAACGAAAUCCUGGUCCGAAGUUAGACCGGUGAAAACUCCGCCGCCGCCUAAUAUAUCAGAUAUAACCGAUGAUACGAACAAAGGGUUAUAUUUUACAACCAAGAAACCUGAAACUGUAGUUAAAUAUAAAAAUUUCAUCAAAGCUACCGAACCGACUCCUAUUGUCAAUGAAUUAAGUGAUGAUGAAGAUGUACAAAGACAGCCUGAAAGUAAAUUUAAUGGUAAUAAAGCAGAAAUAGCCCCUCCACCUACAUACGAAUAUUAUGGCCCUGAGGCUAAAUAUAGAAAAACUGAUAAACCUUUCAAAUCAGACAUACGAGAAGCCAUGGAACAAGGUACAAAAAGUCUAGAAACUAAGGAGAGCAAUAGAAAGAUAGGAAAGCACUACGAUUUUACUUUUGAUUGA